UCUGUCUGAGACACUUCAAUCCGCAGUCAUACAUUUUCGUUUAGACUAAUGGUCAUGUGAUAGCGGUGUUUUACACGCGAUUGCGGUCGAUUCCUAAAGCCUAUUUCUGUUUACUGCGUAGUGAGACCAUGCAAAGACUUUAGGAGGCAGAAGAUGGAAACCGUGAAAAAAUGGAAUAAUGAUUUCAUUGCACUUAACCAGCUGGAUACGAAAAUCCACUCCAAACAACAUGGCAUGAUUGCAGAUCUUGAGUGUAUUCAGAAGGUUCUUGGCAAUCAUUUACAGCUCCAGCCCAUUUCUCGUUCAGCAUGUGCUGUUGGCUCCUGUCCAGAUCUAAUGAUGAGUAGGAACGAGCAGCGUGAGUUACGGCCGGCCCCGGUGGCUUUGACCCCACAGCUGCCCCCCAGAACUCACCGGCCGCUCUGUCUGUCAGUUUCCUCAGACAGCAAUGGUCGCUUCAAAGCUCUGGAGACACAGGAAUGGAAGAACAACCUCAAAGCUCAGAUGGAGCAGGCCCACAGUGCUGGUGCAGCCAGCAGCACGGGUUCUCUAGAGCGAGCCUCCCUUUUCUGUGCCUCUGGCUCCACCACUGCCUCCAGCUCAGGCCUCUCAAGUCCUGUUGAGCUUCUCGGCAAAAGCAAGUCCUCUAGCCGCUUCUCGCUCUUCUCACCACCAUGGAACAGCAGCUCAGAGUCUGAUUCAAACCCUCCAUCGCGCUCCGGCUCCAAGAAACUGCGGCGCAGAGCCGGACCAGGGUGUGUUAAGACUAGCCCGGAGACCCCUGAACCCAAACCUAGUGGCCCGGAACACUUCCACUACUCUGAACCAGUAAUCUCCAAAGUAACAGACUACAUCUACAUUGGGAACGUUAAUGCAGCGUAUAGUGGGCGCAUGCUGUGCCGGAACAACAUUGAUAGCAUAAUCGACAUGAGCAGCCUGCCAGGCGAGACAUGCCUCAACCUGAUCCCUUGCACAUGCUCGAGAGGCACAAAGCACAGCUGGUCACGCCUGAAGGUGCACAUGGAGGAGCCGAGAGAGCUGGGUGAUGAUGGUGCAGAGCUGCACCAGCGUUGCUUUGAUGCCAUCAAUGAGUGCAUCGAUGCUUCAGCAGGAAAGAGGAAGCGAGUGCUGGUUCACUGCCGCGAUGGCUUCUCGCUUGCUCCUACAUGCAUCAUCCAGUACCUCAUGAUCAAGCACAACAUGAGGCUGAUCGCUGCGUAUGAGCUGCUCAGGGCCAAGCACCCGGUUAACAUCCGUGAGUGCCACCAGAAUGCUUUAGUGACUCUGGAGAGGACACUUCGACCUGGUGGAAACACUGACCCUGAGUGCUUCAAACAGGCCAUCUCACGCAAGCUAGCUUGGACCUAAACAUACCAUUAUGCGUUUCAUUUCAGCCUCAUGCUGAUUUAUAGGGGACACUUUUAGGAUUGGCAGCUUGGGCAUAAUUACUGAUCCUAGUGAUUAGACACUGGCUAUUCAAAUAAGAUUCGUUCAUUCAAAAAAAAAAAAAACAACAAAAAAAAAACCAACCUUCUUCCAGACUAUAUCUGAGAUAAGAAAACAAGAUCAAGUACUGUAUAGCUGCUAAACAGGAGAGCCGGAGUGAAAAUGUCUGCUCAAGUGUUAAAAAAGACUCUGGUGCUGAAGUCUUGUGUAUAUGAGGGUUGCAGCCAUAGUGUUGUAAUAUUUUUCUUUCAGGGCACCAUGACGGGAAAUCUCAGGAGACCUAGUGAUGUCAAAUCAUGUCUACUGAAUGGGGAGUGUAAUGAUUCUCCAAAAUGGACUACCUUUGAACAGUGGAUAAGCAUCAGUCUUGUGCCAUGUUUCCCAACUCAAUCCUCAAGACCCUCCAGACUCUCCAACUUCAGGCUUUCUCUUAGCUAGCAACAAACACAAACCAAGCCAUGCAGCACAGCUGCGUUGGGAGAGAGCAACAAAGUGAACAGUCUGGGAGGUUUGGGAGACACUGAUCUAGCAUCAAGUCUUUAACUGAUGCUGUUGUAAAAAUGAGCCAACAUUGAAUCUGGACCAUUUUGGUAAACCAUGCAUUUUUCAGAGGCGGUGGACAUAAUUAAUUUUCCUCCAUGAGGAAUCUGGUCAUGUGAUUAUCACCAUCUUUUCAAGUUUGAGUGCAAAAGUUUGCAUAACCUUGGCACAAAGUAAAGAAAGACAUUUACAUCUACAAAGGUAGUUUUAACAUUUUUUUUCCUGCAGUAUCACUAGUAACAAAAAAGAUAUUAACAUUGAUCCCAAGUCUAAGUAUUAGUUCUAAAUUAAAAUAUUCUCUAAUAAGCCGUUCACCUUUCCAAAAUAUUCGCAGAUUUUGGAUCGGUUUAUUUGUAAUAUUCCUGUCCCUUACUAGUCAUGCCAGGGUGGGCAUGUUGCUUUGACCUUUUUUAUUAUUAUGAUACCACUAAGCAGAACAGAUUAAAAGGUUUUUUGCUUUUGGUUCUUAUCAAUUUCAAAUAUACCCUUUUUCACCCCAAAACAAUUCAAGAUGCAAACUGUUGUACUCACGUAGAGCUUUGUGCUUGGAAAGUGAGAUAUCUUGUGUCUGGUACCAAAUAGUGUAUAUUUCUGGGGUUGUCACCAUUAGUAGUAUGGAUUUUGACUGACUUGUGAAGCAGUGAAGUACUGCAAAGACUUUUUUUUAUUGCACUAACUAGACAUUGUAAAGAAACUGCACAGCUGAAAUGUUUAACUGACAUGCCACUUCUUUUGGUUAUUCAUUGCUCAGCACAGAUAGACUUUACUAUUUUUAGAUGAAUAUGAUGCACAUGCUUCCUGUGUACUGAUUAUUAAUUGAUGCUAGAUUAAUCUGUUGUGUUUCAGUUCACCAUGUAGGAAGUUCUAAUCAACCUCUUGUGUAGUAUUGCUUAUGCUUGUGUACAGUAAUUCUAUUCAGUUUUAAUAUUUUAGUGAGCAGUGUGCUGAGGUGGUGCAUUUCUGAGUUUUUGGUGCCUUUGAACUCGUCCUGCGUGAUUGUAUUGUGAGACUCGCACUAUGUAUGCAGUUGUCAGGCACUGACAAUGUUUUUAUACUCUGGAAUAUUCUGUAUAAUGGCUAAUCCUUGUCCUGCUGCCAGUCCUGCAUUGUGUUGUACAGCAGGACACAGCUCAGUUCAGUAAUGUGAAGGUUUUGUUGCAGUGAUCAUUCUGUGAGCGGUGCCAGUGUUUUCAACCCUCGUGGCGAUAACUAGUGCAACUCUGUCUGACUGAUCGUAAAUUCUCUCCACUGCUAUGCUCCUUUCCUAAAACAUUAUCCACAGUCCAAUCCUCUAUGGCCUAACUACAGUGCUUUUCUUUUGCUGUUUAUUUCUAACAGUUUGAAUUGAUCUCAGGUGAACUUCAUCGACCUAAAUUAUAAUGUUCUCUGUUUAAACUAGAAAACGGAACAAUGUUUGCAAUGUAUUUUCUGUAUCAUGUUUUUAAAGUCUUAUGCAUUUGUAUAUGUAGAUAUUAAAGAAAACAUUCAGUUCA